AUGUCUGUACUAGCGCAUAGUGAUCACCUACGCUGGAUGCCGUCAAAAGUCAUACGAUCAAGUGCGUGCUCUCUCUGGUGUUAUUUGAUCAUUGAUCAGACUCACGCAUGUCCACUUACUGCAUACAUAUGUGUCCUGGAUAUGUUACUCUAUAGCCAGAUACGCAGCUCUACUUUGACCUCGACUCUCCAACAUUGUCCCCACUGCCUGGGACAAUGUUACUGCUUCUCUCACAGGCAGUCCGUAGCGCAACUGCGUCACUUCAAACCCGAGAAGGCCCUAGAAUGGCUCAGAGAAAACCGUAGGCUCCGCUUCGGCAGCGGACCCAAGAAGGCAUAUCGAAGCCCCUCACGUAAAUGCCCAUCAACAACGUUGGACCGCCAUGAACUUCUUGUUGACGACCAACAGCAGGGAGGUCCGGAUUGCUACAACUCUAGGCUUGUUUCUGCGGCGGUAGCUCUCCCAGUUGACAUUUCAUUUUACAAAGUUGGGCGAGUACGCCAGGCUUACAUCCUCCAGAGCGUAUGGCAGGCAACACUGAAGCACCUCCUGGAGAUGGAGGCAUUCGUGGAGACGAUUGAAGGCCUAGGUCUGCUUCCUUGGCGAAGGAACAACCCACCUUCGACAACGACCUCAAGCCCUGGCUCACAAGGGUUGCCGAGAGCGCGUUCCCCAGCACAGAGGGACGUAGCCAUGGCCAUUGCCGGGAGCCUCACGUCAGUAUUCUCGCGCUCCAGCCCUGUAUCGCCGCCACUGAGCAGCAGCGCUAUCAGAAACGUCAAAGCGCAGCACCCAAUGUUUUGCGUUAGAGGUACAGCGGCUCGAUAUCAAGGGGUACCUAAGGUUCUCAACGGUCCAGAAGAACUUUGGGGACCCAUUAGAGGCUGA